AUGACUGAAUCCAAAGGGUCAGACCGUUCUGCCACAGGUAGCUGCCCUCCGGCAUUCUCCGCUCCGAAUCUUGGUUUACAAGGCCUCGAAUCCGAGUCUGCUCAGGCUCGAACCGAGAUCAGCCCUAGGAUUACCGAGGAGUACGAACGGGAGGAGGUAGAUGAUCAGGAGGGCGUUAGCUUCUUUCAGCAACCGCCUGCUGCACCUGGCAUUUCGACUGGACUCUUGCACACUGAUCAAGCAGUCACCAGUCUGGCUUGGCUUAUUGGGGAGGCACUUUCUCACGGAGGUGGGUCGGACCGCCUAUUACCUUGGCGACCACUAGAAACACCAAGCCCGAUGCGGUUGUGGACCGACGGUGACCACCUUGAUGAUGCUAUGUCCGAGGACGAGGAGGAGGGAACGCGAAAAUUGAAUAGAGUGGAGGCAGAUCGUAGUUUGACUGAGGGAAAGGCUGCACAUGCAUUCCAGGCCGUUUGGGCCAGCUUAUCAAUGUUGUGCUGGGCCGAACCCAAAUUUUUUAAUUACACCUUGCCCCCAAUCUGCUGGCUCUACGAAUAA